AUGCCCGGGAAGCCAUCACAGGAGAAACAGGUGGAGAUGGGGGCUGUGGAGAACGGUGCUGGGGAGGACCUGGGGGGCCUCACGGCAGAGGAGCUGCGGCAGGGCCAGGAAGCGGCCCUGGCACUGGAGGACAUGAUGGCGCUGAGUGCCCAAACCCUGGUCCAGGCCGAGGUGGACGAGCUCUACCAGCACGUGCGUCCCCUGGGCCAGGGCCGCUUUGGCAGGGUCCUGCUGGUCACCCACCGUCAGAAAGGCACAGCCUUUGCCCUGAAGAAGCUGCCGAAGGCCUCCACCACCCUCCGAGGCUUCCUGUAUGAGUUCUGCGUGGGCCUCUCCCUGGGCUCGCACUCGGCCAUCGUGGCGGCCUACGGCAUUGGCGUGGAGUCAGUCGACUCCUACAGCUUCCUGACCGAGCCUGUCCUGCAUGGAGACCUCAUCGCCUUCAUCCAGCCCAAGGUGGGCCUCCUGCAGCCAGCAGCCCAGCGCUGUGCGGCCCAGCUAGCCUCAGCCCUGGAGCACAUCCACUCCCGCGGCCUGGUAUACCGGGACCUCAAACCAGAGAACGUGCUGGUGUGUGACCCAGCCUGCCGGUGGGUCAAGCUGACCGACUUCGGCCACACGCGGCCCCGCGGGACCCUGCUGCGCCUGGUGGGGCCACCCAUACCCUACACGGCCCCGGAGCUCUGUGGGCCCCCGCCCCUCCCCGAGGGCCUGCCCAUCCAGCCCGCCCUGGACGCUUGGGCACUGGGUGUCCUGCUCUUUUGCCUUCUCACUGGUUACUUCCCCUGGGACCAGCCCCUGGCGGAGGCCGACCCCUUCUACGAGGACUACGUCAUCUGGCAGGCCUCGGGCCAGCCCCAGGCUCGUCCUCAGCCCUGGCUUGGCCUGACGCCCGUGGCAGACGCUCUCCUGUGGGGGCUGCUGGACCCUCACCCCCGAAGGAGAAGCCCUGUGAGCUCCAUCCGGGGCUACCUGGGGCGGCCCUGGAGGCAGCGGGCGGGGGAGGCCGAGGAGGCGCCCCAGGGGGAGAAGGGGGACCCAGAGUGA